CACAACCCAGCCCGAUGCAUCUCUCGGAGUCCAAGUAAACUUCUCGCUCUUGCGUCCCCCUCCCGCUCGCCUUUGGAACCUCCCGCUGAUUUGGAAAGGGGUGGCGGGGGGGGGGGAGAGGAGUGGGCGAAAUGAAAGCCCUUUUUGCAACCUGACCUUCUUUUGGACUACAGCCAAAGAGCUUCCAAAGCUGCCGCUGCUUGCCAUGGGUUUGCCUACAUGCUAAGGAAGGAGAGGCCCUUGCGUGUGCUUGGGGUUGUUUUGCUAGGCUGCUCUCAGUGCUCCGAUCUAUUUAUUUUGACGAAAUCUGGAGCUUUUCCCCCUUUGGGAGUCGACUUGGGUGCAGGUGACACACCCUCCUUGCCCGCCCAUCCCCCCUGUCCUGCUCACCCUUGAUUCACCCGGCGUCUCUGCACAACGGCGGGGGGGGGGGGAGGGAAAUUAUACACAUAGCGACAUCUCGUCAGGUUCUUUUUCGGGAGCUGCAACUCCUCGGGCAGAGGCAAAUGAAGGGGCAUCUUCUCGUCCACGCGAGCAGCGAGAGGAGGGAGAAGCGGCUGUAUCUUUGCGGCGAAGUGAAACCGAUAAGCCGCAAAACGGAGUCCCUGUGAACAACUAGAGCAGACCAAGCUUGGGGUGGGAGGGGAAGACUUUCUUCUUUUUUCCCGUUCUGCAAGGGGGGGAGAUAAAUAGAAUAAAGGAUCCCUGGGUAAUCUUGCCAGGUCUUUCCAAAGAUGUCAUCUCAAACUAAGUUCAAGAAAGACAAAGAGAUCAUCGCAGAAUAUGAAACUCAAGUAAAAGAAAUUCGUACCCAGUUGGUGGAGCAGUUCAAAUGCCUGGAACAGCAGUCUGAGUCCCGGUUACAGCUCCUGCAAGACCUCCAGGAGUUCUUUCGCAGAAAGGCUGAGAUUGAAUUGGAGUACUCUAGGAACCUGGAAAAACUGGCAGAAAGGUUUUCUUCCAAGAUUCGCAGCUCCAGGGAACACCACCAGUUCAAGAAGGAUCAACACCUUCUUUCUCCUGUAAACUGCUGGUAUCUGGUAUUGACUCAGACUCGGCGAGAGAGCAGAGACCAUGCUACCCUGAACGACAUUUUCAUGAACAAUGUCAUUGUCCGACUUUCUCAGAUUAGCGAGGAUGUCAUCAGACUAUUUAAAAAGAGUAAGGAGAUUGGUCUGCAGAUGCAUGAAGAACUCCUGAAGGUCACUAAUGAGCUUUACACUGUGAUGAAAACAUACCACAUGUACCAUGCUGAGAGCAUCAGUGCUGAGAGCAAACUGAAGGAAGCAGAAAAGCAAGAGGAGAAGCAGUUCAACAAAGCAGGGGACAUUAGUGUGAACUUGCUGCGGCAUGAAGAGAGGCCUCAGCGCCGCAGCUCUGUCAAGAAGAUUGAAAAGAUGAAGGAAAAGAGACAAGCCAAAUACUCCGAAAAUAAGCUGAAGUGCACUAAAGCCAGAAACGACUAUCUGCUGAACCUGGCAGCCACGAAUGCAGCAGUUAGUAAAUAUUACAUCCAUGAUGUCUCAGACCUGAUUGAUUGUUGUGACCUGGGAUUCCAUGCAAGCUUGGCACGAACAUUCAGAACAUAUCUAUCUGCUGAAUACAAUCUCGAGACCUCACGCCAUGAGGGCCUGGACAUAAUUGAGAAUGCUGUAGACAACCUAGAUGCACGGAGUGACAAACACACAGUCAUGGAUAUGUGCAACCAAGUCUUCUGUCCUCCUUUGAAGUUUGAAUAUCAGCCACACAUGGGGGAUGAGGUAUGUCAGGUGAGCGCACAGCAGCCGGUUCAGACAGAGUUGCUCAUGCGAUAUCAUCAACUGCAGUCUAGACUUGCCACACUGAAAAUAGAGAAUGAAGAGGUGCGCAAAACGUUGGAUGCCACUAUGCAGACAUUACAAGAUAUGCUGACAGUGGAAGAUUUUGACGUCUCUGAUGCCUUCCAGCAUAGUCGCUCCACAGAGUCGAUCAAAUCAGCGGCUUCAGAAACUUACAUGAGCAAAAUAAACAUUGCCAAGAGGAGAGCCAACCAACAGGAAACUGAAAUGUUCUAUUUUACUAAAUUCAAAGAGUAUUUGAAUGGCAGUAACCUUAUUACCAAGCUGCAGGCGAAACAUGACUUAUUGAAGCAGACUCUGGGAGAAGGUGAAAGAGCUGAAUGUGGGACAACCAGGCCCCCCUGUCUUCCCCCUAAACCACAGAAAAUGAGGAGACCUAGGCCUCUCUCAGUCUAUAAUCAUAAACUCUUUAACGGCAAUAUGGAAACAUUCAUUAAGGAUUCAGGUCAGGCUAUCCCACUUGUGGUUGAAAGUUGCAUUCGCUACAUCAAUUUAUAUGGUCUACAACAACAGGGUAUUUUUAGAGUUCCUGGAUCUCAGGUUGAAGUCAAUGAUAUCAAGAACUCAUUUGAGAGAGGUGAAGACCCCCUUGCUGAUGAUCAAAAUGAACGGGACAUUAAUUCUGUUGCUGGGGUAUUAAAGCUAUAUUUUCGGGGUUUGGAAAAUCCGCUCUUUCCUAAGGAAAGGUUUCAAGACUUGAUUUCUACUAUAAAAAUUGAAAAUCUUGCCGAAAGAGUGCAUCAGAUCCAGCAAAUCAUUAUUACCUUGCCACGGGCCGUCAUCAUUGUCAUGAGAUAUCUCUUUGCUUUCCUCAACCACUUGUCGCAGUACAGUGAUGAGAACAUGAUGGAUCCCUACAACCUGGCCAUCUGCUUUGGACCGACUUUAAUGCACAUUCCAGAUGGACAGGAUCCAGUGUCCUGCCAGGCUCACGUCAAUGAGGUCAUCAAAACCAUCAUAAUCAAUCAUGAGGCCAUCUUCCCCAGCCUCAGGGAACUAGAAGGACCUGUCUAUGAGAAAUGCAUGACUGGUGGGGAAGAGUACUGUGACAGCCCGCACAGUGAGCCAGGCGCCAUUGAUGAAGCAGACCAUGACAACGGCACGGAGCCACAUACCAGCGAUGAUGAAGUGGAGCAGAUUGAAGCCAUUGCAAAGUUUGACUACAUUGGGCGGUCUCCACGUGAGUUGUCCUUCAAGAAAGGAGCCUCCCUUCUUUUGUACCACCGGGCCUCUGAAGAUUGGUGGGAAGGUCGUCAUAAUGGCGUGGAUGGUCUCAUACCCCAUCAGUACAUAGUGGUACAAGACAUGGAUGAUGCAUUCUCCGACAGCCUGAGCCAGAAGGCAGACAGUGAGGCAAGCAGCGGACCCCUGUUGGACGAUAAAGCCUCGUCAAAGAAUGACCUCCAGUCUCCAACAGAUCACAUUCCAGACUAUGGAUUUGGGGGAGUAAUGGGACGGGUACGACUGAGAUCGGAUGGAGCUGCAAUCCCUCGGCGGCGGAGUGGAGGAGACACACACAGCCCCCCACGAGGGAUUGGCCCUGGAAUAGACACCCCUCCUCGAGCAGCUGCGUGCCCCAGCAGCCCUCAUAUUUUGCCACUGAACAGAGGCAGGAUCGAGAGCCCGGAGAAGCGCAGGAUGGCAACAUUUGGCAGCGCUGGCAGCAUCAAUUAUCCAGACAGGAAAGCUAUGACAGACAGCCACCCAUUGAGGCCUGCUUGCAGCUCAACUCGGCACAGCAGUCUUGGGGAUCAGAAAUCACUAGAAGCAGAAGCAUUGGCAGAGGACAUUGAGAAGACUAUGAGUACAGCGCUGAAUGAACUGCGUGAGCUUGAAAGACAAAAUACUGUGAAGCAAGCCCCUGAUGUUGUUCUGGACACCCUUGAACCAAUGAAGAACCCACAGAUAGGUUCUGUCAACUCUGAACCUGCCAGUCCCCUUCAUACCAUCAUGAUCAGGGAUCCAGAUGCUGCCAUGAGACGUAGCAGCAGCUCUACCACUGAAAUGAUGACUACUUUUAAGCCCGCCCUCUCUGCUCGGCUUGCAGGAGCUCAGCUUAGACCACCACCCAUGAGACCCAUCAGGCCAGUCGUUCAGCAUCGAUCAAGUAGCAGUAGCAGCUCAGGAAUGGGUAGUCCUGCAGUGACGCCCACAGAGAAGAUCUUCCCUAACAGCUCCUCAGAUAAAUCUGGCACCAUGUAGCUUGCACCAUCCCAAGGGAAUCUUGACUGGGAAAAGGGUUGACCCUUCCUGGCUUUCAUGAUUUGGGACAGAAGCUGAGAUUGUACAAAUGAUGUCAUGAAACGAAAAGGAAAUGAAAUUACUUUUGUGGAAAGAAUGGCGCUGGGAACUGUUGCUGAGGCUAAAAGAUGUCAUAAUAGUUACACGUUCAUCAAGUUUGCUGGAAAGCUGUACAGCCAAAUAAGAUGGCCAUUUUAUGUAUUACCACUGGAAACAUACAAGUCUGUGUAGAAGUAUAUAUGGAACUGUACAUAGCCCAGUAACAUUUUAGUAGAUUUACCUCAGAAAUUCACCCUUAGACUUAUGUUAGAGAAAGUUUUUGUGCGUGUGUGCGUGUGUGGGUUAUGCAGCAACUGUGCAUUAAGCAAUAGAAGAUUGGUCAGUCCUGGAAAUCAUACAUUUCAUACCAGUUUGGCUUUAGAGUCACUAACAAGAGAUAACAUAUGGGUUUGGCUCAACUGUUGCCCUGCAAAUAUUGAAGUGCAUCUGAAGAUCAAGUCCGUCCUGCUAGAGGGACAGAUUUAACAAUCUUCAAAGUCAUCUCUUAAGAGUGCUUCAUUGAAAUGUGGAAACUCUGUGGUCAUUUCCUGGUUGGAAGAAUUAUACCACCUGUGGAUACACAGAAAUGAAAAGUAGUACACCUUCCCUUUCAGGGAAGAGGGAACCUCAGAUUUUCUGUACGUACUUCAUGUUGUAGCACAGUAUUAAGUGUGUACAAAAGAAACUCAAACCUGUCUUGAAGAUUUCAAAACAGAAGAGGACUCUGAAGUAACCUGUGGUUGAUAACAAUAAAUAAAUAGGCUAACUUA